GUGCCACGAGGUUUAUUCGCAAAGCCGCGCCCUUCAGCGCGCGUUCACCGACGGAAAUGAGCACGUCCCUGGCACUUGCCAGCACUGGAAUCACAACGCUGGUGCUUCGUGUUUGCUUCGUGUUUGGCACAAAGAACAACCCAAUGACCUUGUCAAUCACGUAUGAUACGGUUCCUGAGCGCAUCUUGGAACUGUCCCGGUAGAGCGUGGGAAUAUGAGGACGGUUGUAUGGCGAUUUUUCUCGUCUGCUACCGGAAUAUUAGCGUCCGUCCCGUCGACUCCUUUUCUGCUGCAGAACUUGGACUCUUGUUUCUAGUUCAGCAAGACGCACGUGCCUGUUCGUUGCCACAUUGGAAACGACACUUCCCACGCUGUAGGCAACGCAACUCCGAGGCAACUUCUUCCAAGGAAGCGAUGCUCAAGAGCAGACACGACGGCUUCGGGGCAGAGGUUCGACAAAGGAUUAUUCUAGGAACUUUCUCCCUGUCUUCCGGGUAUUCGGACAAGUACUACAAGCGGGCGCAGGCGAUUCGCGAGGGGCUCUCCCGCGAUUUUUCGACGGUUUUCGAGAAGCUGGACGUCCUUGUUUGUCCCACCGCGCCCACCACCGCGUACCGGUUGGGGGAGUACGCUGAGAAGGGCGUGGGUGUUUACGCCGACGACGUUUUCACGACCCCAGCGUCUCUCGCGGGGCUCCCCGGGUUGAGCGUGCCUUGCGGGCAGGACCGAGCUGGCCUGCCGAUAGGCGUUCAGUUAAUGGGACAAUCAUUGUCAGAAGAUUUGCUCCUUAGGGUAGGGCAAGCGUACGAGUCCGCAACACCUUGGCAUCGACAAUUCGCGCCUGGGGUGUCUGCUUCUUCUCCGGCCGCGGCAGUGCCAGCGGGGGCAGCGUAGAUAGGGAGCGCCCCGGGUUUGACCCAUUAACGAGCGCUUUUUAGCUGGGGUUCUGGCCUGUGAGAACAAUCGGUUAUCUUGCGAUGCUCUGUGGCUUCGCGGGGUCGAACACC